AUGACUGACCAAACAUUCCACGUAACCAGAGAAGACAUCCGCAAGCUCGAGGCCCGCGAGUCCCGCCGCUAUCACGGCCAAAUCCCCGCUGAUGCCGACUCUUCAAUCCUCAAAUCCAUCGUCGAUCAAAACAAGAACCGUUCCAAAGACCCCCAAGCCAACCUCGAACUCCCCGACGACCCACCCGUCCCCGGCGACAUGAAGUCUGCCGACGCACGCUACAGCGGCGGCGGUAUAGGGUCCGGCCGCUUCUCGGGAGACCUGUCGACGGAGAAAGAUGGGCUGCGGGAGCCGGCGGCGCAGCAGAGUGGCGUGAGGGUCGAUGGAGAGAAGUUGCAUAAGGGAACUAUUUUGGAGCCUAAGUAUUCGUAG